AUGCUGCCACUUUCAUUGCUCAAGACAGCGCAGGGACACCCGAUGCUGGUGGAGCUAAAGAAUGGAGAUACAUACAAUGGACACCUCGUCAACUGCGACACGUGGAUGAACGUCAAUCUGCGCGAAGUCAUUUGCACGUCCAAGGACGGUGACCGUUUCUGGAAAAUGCCUGAAUGCUAUAUUCGUGGCAACACUAUCAAGUACAUCCGUGUUCCCAACGAGCUUCUGGAUAUGGUGCAUGAGGAUGACUUCACUAGACGCGACCGUCAAGCCUACCGAGGACGUGGCCGUGGAGGCCGUGGCGGCAUUGGGGGUCGAGGAGGUCGCAGCGGCCGGGGUGGGCGCGGCGGACGUGGGGAUGGUCCAGAUGGCCGAGGUGGACGUGGUGAUGGUGGCCGUGGCCGUGGUCGAGGUGGUGGGCGCGGUCGUGGACGUGGUCGUGGCGACAAUUAG